AUGUCAAAGUCUACAUCAGCUGCUAAGGAGACGUCCCUAGGCAGCUCUACUACUACUUUCUCUGACGUUCCGUCCCCACCACCACAUGCUCACUCUUCACCAGCACCUAUCACACCACAACCCUCUCCUAGGCAACAACAAGGAGAGGAGAGAACAGAAAUAGAAGCUGCACCUGCUGCAGAAACACCAGUGGCUGAGCAAGAAGCUCAGCCACAAAAGAAAACUAAUAUAGGAAAGGGGAUUCUUGUUGAAUCCCCUAAGAAAAAGAAAAAGCCAUCAGUUCUCAGGCAAAUCAGUCUGGGAGGUCCCCUCUCUUACCCUGUUAUCCGUCCUGACACUUCUAGGGAUGAGGCUCUUGAUAGAGCUUUAGCAGAAGAGGAAGGAUUAGCAGUUCCUCCACUGAUGGAGGAGCACACUGAAGCAAUCCCCUCAUCAUCCAAACCACCAGAGGUUGUCCCCAGGCACACACCUGAAGAACCUCCUGUGGUAAGGAGCAGCCAUCAAAGCAAACAGAUAUCCUCCUCCCCUAUCCCAGCAAUUCCCCUUCCAACGAAAAAGAAGUCACAAAUUGGGAUUUCUAAAAAUUUUGAAAUGAUGGGGAAGAGAAUAGAAAAGCUGCUGCCUGCAAAGCAACCCGUUCCUCAAGUUGACAUGACAAGCACUACUGAUGAACUGAAAGCUCUGAGGAACGGAUUGGACCAACAAAUUCAGCGCCAUAAGAGAAGGAACAACAGAAGGAAGAUAGAGAACAGCAACUCAGCGCCAUAA